AUGCCUGGCGGACGACGUGGACUGGUUGCGCCGCAAAACACAUUCCUCGAGAACAUCAUCCGGCGCUCCAACUCGCAGCCGGACAGCUCGUUUCUUUUGGCCAACGCACAAAUCGUCGAUUUUCCGAUCGUCUACUGCAAUGAGUCCUUCUGCAAGAUCAGCGGCUACAACCGGGCCGAGGUCAUGCAGAAGUCGUGCAGAUGCGGCUUCAUGUACGGCGAGCUGACAGACAAGGAGACGGUGGGACGGCUGGAGUACACGCUGGAGAACCAGCAGCAGGAUCAAUUCGAAAUAUUGCUCUACAAGAAAAACAAGACCCCACUAUGGCUGCUGCUGCAGGUUGCGCCCAUACGGAACGAAAGGGAUCUGGUUGUGCUGUUCCUGUUGACGUUCCGGGAUAUAACGGCCCUCAAGCAGCCCAUCGACAGCGAGGAUACCAAGGGAGGUCUCUCGAAGUUCGCCAAGUUGGCCCGCUCGGUGACGCGGAGCCGCCAGUUCAGCGCCCAUCUGCCCACGCUGAAGGACCCCACGAAGCAGUCCAACCUGGCGCAUAUGAUGUCACUGAGCGCGGAUAUUAUGCCACAGUACCGACAGGAAGCGCCGAAGACGCCGCCACACAUACUCUUGCAUUAUUGUGCAUUUAAAGCAAUUUGGGACUGGGUGAUAUUGUGUUUAACAUUUUAUACCGCCAUCAUGGUGCCAUACAAUGUAGCGUUUAAAAAUAAAACCUCAGAGGAUGUUUCCCUUCUCGUGGUCGAUUCCAUAGUCGAUGUUAUAUUCUUUAUAGAUAUUGUUUUAAACUUCCACACCACGUUUGUGGGCCCGGGCGGAGAGGUGGUCAGCGAUCCGAAGGUGAUACGGAUGAACUACCUCAAGUCGUGGUUCAUCAUCGACCUGCUCAGCUGCCUGCCAUAUGACGUCUUCAAUGCGUUCGACCGGGACGAGGACGGCAUCGGGUCCCUGUUCAGUGCCCUCAAGGUGGUGCGCCUCCUGCGGCUGGGUCGGGUUGUGCGGAAGCUCGACCGCUACCUGGAGUACGGGGCUGCCAUGCUGAUCUUGUUGCUCUGCUUCUACAUGCUGGUGGCGCACUGGCUGGCCUGUAUUUGGUACUCGAUUGGGCGCAGCGAUGCGGACAAUGGGAUCCAAUACAGCUGGCUGUGGAAGCUGGCGAAUGUAACGCAAUCUCCGUACUCUUACAUCUGGAGUAAUGACACGGGGCCGGAGCUGGUGAACGGGCCGUCGAGGAAGAGCAUGUAUGUGACGGCCCUGUACUUCACCAUGACCUGCAUGACCUCGGUUGGCUUUGGCAAUGUCGCCGCGGAGACAGACAACGAGAAGGUGUUCACCAUCUGCAUGAUGAUCAUUGCAGCUCUGCUGUAUGCCACAAUCUUUGGUCAUGUGACCACCAUCAUACAGCAGAUGACCUCAGCGACGGCCAAGUACCACGACAUGCUCAACAACGUGAGGGAGUUCAUGAAGUUGCACGAGGUGCCCAAGGCCCUCAGUGAGCGCGUGAUGGACUAUGUUGUCUCUACGUGGGCCAUGACCAAGGGUCUGGACACCGAGAAGGUACUAAACUAUUGUCCGAAAGAUAUGAAGGCUGACAUAUGUGUUCAUCUAAAUCGCAAAGUAUUUAACGAGCAUCCGGCAUUUCGUCUGGCCUCGGAUGGUUGUCUCCGCGCUUUAGCGAUGCACUUCAUGAUGUCCCAUUCGGCGCCCGGAGAUCUGCUCUACCACACCGGCGAGAGCAUCGACAGUCUCUGCUUCAUUGUGACAGGAAGCCUGGAAGUGAUACAGGACGAUGAGGUUGUGGCAAUAUUGGGCAAAGGCGACGUCUUCGGCGAUCAAUUCUGGAAGGACUCGGCCGUUGGCCAGAGCGCGGCCAAUGUGCGCGCUCUGACCUAUUGUGAUUUGCAUGCCAUCAAACGUGAUAAAUUGCUCGAAGUCCUCGAUUUCUAUUCGGCAUUUGCGAAUAGCUUUGCACGCAAUCUGGUGCUCACCUACAAUCUCAGACAUCGACUGAUUUUUCGCAAGGUGGCCGAUGUGAAGCGCGAAAAAGAAUUGGCCGAACGGCGUAAGAACGAGCCGCAAUUGCCCCAGAAUCAGGACCAUCUCGUUCGCAAGAUCUUCUCCAAGUUCCGGCGCACCCCCCAGGUGCAAGCCGGCAGCAAAGACCUUGUCGGUGGCGGCACGGGCUCUGGUCAGAGCGAUGUCGAGAAAGGCGACGGCGAGGUGGAACGCGUUAAGCUACCAGCCAAAUUGACAUUAACCGAGGACUCACGCAUCCUAACGACCGCCGCCGUACCAUCACCAUCGCCAUCACCCUCGCCCUCAUCGGGUCCACCAUCUGCGCGGAGUACCCGUGCCAGCAAGUGGGGACGCCUUCUGGGCAGUUCAAGCGUCGAUUCAGCUAGCGACACUAGCGCCAAGGUAGCCGUCUCGAGAAGUUUGAGCGCCCGCGAGAGUCUCCGUGAGAGCACUGCCCAGGCGCGGCAGAGUAGUACUUCGAGUAGCAAUGGUGGACAAGGCAACAAACAUUUACAAUUAAGCAAAGUUUUCCCAAAGGCGCCCAAGCUGCAGGCGAGCCAGGCGACGCUCGCCCGCCAGGACACCAUCGACGAGGGCGGCGAGGUGGACUCCUCUCCACCCAGUCGCGACAGCCGUAUAGUCAUCGAUGGAGGGGCGGCCUCGGCUACCGUGGCGGCCACUGCAGCAGGAACGGCAGCGGCAGCGGCAGCGGCAGCGUCAGGAGGUGCGGCAGUCACAGGCCCUGGCUCAUCUGGUUCUGGAGGAGGGGCCGGAGCAGUGACGGCGCUGGUGAAGGGAGAGCGCAACCUGGCCCUGGAGCGAGAACGCCAGAUUGAGAUGGCCAGCUCGCGGGCCACCACCUCGGACACGUACGACACGGGCCUGCGCGAGACGCCGCCCACGCUGGCGCAGCGAGAUCUCAUCGCCACCGUCCUGGACAUGAAGGUGGAUGUGCGGCUGGAGCUGCAGCGCAUGCAGCAGCGGAUAGGCCGCAUCGAGGACCUGCUGGGCGAGCUGGUGAAGCGGCUCGGACCGCAGCAGGGGGGGGACAACAGCAGCGGCCAGACGACGCCCGGCGACGAGAUCUGUGCGGGCUGCGGCGCGAGCGGCGUCGCGGCAGGUCCAGGAGCAGGACCAGGGCCAGGACCGGGGACAGGGACAGGGCCUGGGCCGGGCACGCCCACGACCCCGGCCACAGUUACGGUCACCACGCCCGUAGACACUGUGAUAACAAUCUCAUCCCCCACGUCAGCAGCGGCACCAGGGGCUGGGGCUGGGGCUGGGGCUGGGGCUGGCGCUGGCAGCGGUCUACUAAAUCCAGGCGUCCCAGUUGUGUCGAGCGCGGGAGGCAACGGCCUGGGGCCACUGAUGCUCAAGAAGCGACGCUCGAAGAGCAGGAAAGCACCGGCGCCUCCUAAGCAGACACUCGCCUUGGCCGGCGCGGCCUCAACGACCACAACUCUGACGGGCGCCGCUGGAUCUGGUACGACGAGCGUGGCAGCGUCAGCGUCACCUGCAGCGGCAGCGGCAGCAGGGGCAGGCUCUCCCAGCGGUGCUUCUCCAACGGAACUGCUGCACCUGCGGCUGCUCGAGGAGGACUUUACGGCGGCCCAGCUGCCGCCCUCGACACCAACAGCCACGACCCCGACAUCAUUGGCCACGCCUCCGGCCAGCGGCACGCCAGCGGCGGGAAGUGCCACCACCUCGCCCACGGGCCCGCCACCCACGCUACCAACGACCACAGGCAGCAGCGGUCCAAGGAGCGGCAAACGGGAGUUCCUCUAG